AGACGUAAUCAAAGAAACAGCAUUUAUCAUCAUCAUUACCAUUGGCGACCCCUCACCCUCGUAGCUCCAGCUGUCAUGGCGGACAAUGCUGCACCCAUAUUACAUGCUGUUGACGAUUACACUGAGCCUAAGAUCAUCAAGCUGCCAACAGGAGCUGAGAGGGCGGUAACAGUCGGGAGGGCGACGUUUCCUAGCCAGAACCGUACCAUCUCUCGCGAACAUGCUGUUUUCUCCGUCCAACCCGAUCCUCUCUUCGGCUGGUCCCAACCACGUUACUUCAUCAAGUGCCUCUCCCAGUCCGGCAAUGGCUGUCUCGUACAGUACGUAAAGAUCGGAGCGAGUGUUGAAAUGGCCAUCAAACAUGACGAUAUUGUUGUGUUUUCGGGUGCUUAUGGGGUUAAGGAGAAUCACACGGUUCAGACUGAGAUGGUGGUAAAUGCGCGAUUGCCGCGCUACAGGGUUAUUAUUCCCCGUAACACCAAUUUCGAACGUUCUAUGGCCGGGCCUGCCGUCAAUGCCGCACAAUCCCAAGCACGUCCCUUCGGCGCCGUCAAACGGCCUGCCUCUGGCGAAGGCAGUGCUCCCAAAAAGCAAAAGAAGGAGCGUAUUGUCAUCGAAAUUGAUGCUGAUGAUGAUGCUGAUGAUGCUGCGGACGAAAUUGACAGUCUCUCUCUUGAAGAGAAGGACAUCAUUAAUGACGUGAAGGAAGUGAAGAAGGAGAAGGUCGAGGAGAAGGGGGAAGAGAAAAAGAAGAAGAAGGAGGACGAGAGACUUCACAUUGACUUCCAAGAGGAGUUGGAGUGUACGCUGUGUUACGAUCCGUUCGUCAACCCCAUGUCUGUUGUGCCGUGUGGUCAU